AUGCGUCGAAUCCCGUCCCAGAUCCCCUCCGCCGUCUCCCGCCUCCUCCAGGGCCACGUCCUCCAAACGCCCCCCACAUGGUACACCCCCGCCCUCUCCCACCCCCCUCCCCAGCUUCCCCCAUAUCAAGUCAAGCAACGCGCUCGUCCCCCCCUCCCCUCGUCGUCCUCGCACUCUACAGGCCAGUUCUACGACACUGCCCCCGUCCCCUCUGGAGAGCUCGAACGCCGGGACAAGCUGAGAGGAUACAAGCAACGCAAGUCCAAGCCCGCCAAGGUGUUUUAUGAAGAAGACAAUGUCAGGCGACAGUUUUUCAAGGAUUUCCCGUAUGAGGCGCUGAGACCCGUUUCUUUGGUGGAAGGGCAGGAGAUUGAUAUGCGGGAGAAGAUCAAUGGGCUGGAGUGGGAGAGGCUGGAGCAGAGGGGAGAGUAUCCCUCUGUUGAAGACUGCGUAGAGUUUGUCGUCAACUUGAAAAACACUCAAGGCCUUCCCAUCACUGAGGCGUACGAGCAGGCGACCGAAGAGUUUGUGCAGCUGAGAGCGCGACAUCAGUUGGCUACUGUCGGUGCCGAGCUCGAGGCGAGGCAUUAUGGAGCUCAGUUCAAGCGUGAUGCUUUUGAACGCCACUUUGAUCUUGAAGAAAAGGCGCUCGACUCGCUCGCUCCCAAAUCUCGUUCGCCCGCUACCGCCAGUUUGUCUGCCCGCGUAAAGCACCGCGCCCAGCCCCGGUACCAAUGGACCAACUCCCUCUCCCAAGAGGCGCUCCCGCAAGAUACCUUUACGGGGGGCGAGGCGUACAUGGCGAGGUGGAGGAUACCAGCACCUGUACAGGUUGAGGGGGUGAAGAAGGAGGGCGAUUUGGUCAGUCUGCUCGGAGGUGCGGGUAGUGAAGCCAAGGAGGGGGAGCAACAGGCGGUGCAGUCGGAUGAGCUGGACUUUUUGAAGGCGGCGUUGAACAGUGCGAAAGCGUAG